AUGUACCUGGCCCUCUUCCUCUCCUGGUGCUGCUGCUGCGGCGGCUUUUGGGGGCGCGCCUUCGGGACGGGCUUCCUCUACCCGUUCCCCGCCUCGGCCCUGCCCCACAACUACCCCGAGGCGAGCUCCGGCGGGCCCUCCGGCAACGGCUUCACGAAUCGGCGGCACUGGUGUCACUACACCGUCACCCGGACAGUUUCCUGCCAGGUGCAGAACGGCUCGGAGACAGUGAUCCAGAGGGUUUAUCAAAGCUGCCGGUGGCCAGGACCGUGCGCCAACUUAGUGAGUUACAGGACCCUCAUCAGACCCACGUACAAGAUCUCCUACAGAACGGUGACUGCCCUCGAAUGGCGCUGCUGUCCCGGCUUCACCGGAAGCAGCUGUGAGGAAGAAUGUAUGAACUGCACAAGGCUCACGGAUAUGGCCGAGAGGUUGAGCACACUUGAAGCAAAGAUCCUCUUGCUUGAGGCUGCUGAGCGCGCCCCGCCUUCCGCAAAUGACCUGCCAUUGGCAAGGACAACCGCCACCUGGUACGACGAAUUGCUGCCGGAUGCCAUUCCACUCGCGAACCCAGGGACCGCCCUCAGGAAGCCAAUGGGAGCUGUAGGGUUGCCAGGACCAGCUGGGAAACCAGGAGCCCAAGGCCCGAAAGGCGAAAAGGGAGAAAUUGGUGACCGAGGGCCGGCUGGACCACCCGGGCUUCUUGGACCUCUGGGACCUAGGGGCUAUCCAGGUGAAACAGGAAUUCCGGGUCCACCUGGACCACCCGGACCCCCGGCAUCGCCGAGCUUCCCGUUAAAGUUUCAACAAGGGGUUCUGUACUCGCUACAGCCCACAGCUGAAAAAGAGAAUGGAGAACCUCAGCUUGCAUCCACCGUCAUUGAUACCGUCCUGGCUGGUUUGCCUGGCCCACGGGGUGCUCCUGGCCCUAUUGGACCCCCAGGACCCCCAGGAUCAUCAGGUCCCAAGGGGGAACCAGGAUCUGUGGGUGCCCCCGGGCUGCCGGGCAAACCAGGGUCAGCAGGACCGCCUGGAUCAAAAGGCUCCAAAGGAGACCGAGGAGAACGAGGGCAAGCAGGGCUGACUGGAGAAAGAGGAGUUAAGGGUUUUCCUGGUGAUCCUGGCAAGAAAGGUGAAGAAGGAGACAAAGGUGCCGAGGGUGAAGGAGUCCAGCAGCUUCGAGAAGCCCUGAAGAUUUUAGCCGAGAGGGUGUUAAUUUUAGAGCACAUGAUAGGAAUUCAUGGUUUUCCUUUGUUUUCAGAUUCUUUAUCUUCCGUUGAACCAGGCUCAGGACAAGAUGUGAUCCUGGGCGCCCCACUCCGAGCCAACGUGAAAAUCAAACGACACCACGCCAACCAGAUCCUCUCUUCGCUGCUGGAUGACAACGAGACCAAAGGCAGGAGCAACCGAAGUAAAUAGGACACCGGUCCAACAGCGAAGGCUGAAGAAAUUCCAGAGGCUUGGGCACCGUUUGACUCCUGUCGGAAGUCCCUGCAGGUCAGGAUGGAAUGCAUGUCGGAACAGGAUACAUUCCUUGAACUCUCCGUGAGCCUUCAAAUGUAUACCCGACACUUUGUACAAGUCAUAUCUCUGUCCUCAUGUACAUGUCCACCUCAGGUGAUAACAUUCA